AUGAAAUCUUCGCUUUUGGCCCUUCUUCCCGCCUUCUUGGGUGUCACGCCAGUGGCAGCAAUCCCAGGCCUUGUACCUCGACAGUCGUCAGGUACAGCGGUUGUCUCCUUAUCAAACAAUACAGGCUCCACCAACCACCUCGCAUCUGGCAUUAUCUUUGGCAUUCCUGAUAAUGCAUCGCAGAUUCCAGAUCAUAUGUACACUGACUGGGGUUUCAACUUCGCUCGCGGUGGGGGGCCUUCACUGCCUUCUCCAGCCGGUGGAUGGCUCGCUGGUCGUACUCAAUACGAGAACCGUAUGAAAGAGGUGAUGAGCAAUUACCAGGCGGCAAAGAAGUUUGGCGCCAAGUUCAUUUGCCUAUAUGAAACACUCUACGGAGAAUGGGAUUUGAACAACGGGCCAUACCCUGGUGACAAUGGAAACUGGACAGAUUGGGACACCUUCACCCAAGCUGUCAUCGCCGACAUGAAGAGCUACGGGGUCAGUCUGGACGACUUCAUCAUCGAAAUCUUUAACGAAGUUGAUGGUUCUUGGUACUGGACACGUUCCCAGUCGCAGGCUCUCGAAAUGUGGCGUAGAUCCUACAACGCAUUCCGGAAAGCCUUCGGUACUGAUGUCACAAUUCAAGGGCCUUCGACCUCGGCUGAACCCAAGUUAUCUAAUGGCUGGUGGACUACGUUCGCACAAUACAUCAAGACCAAUAAUUGCAUACCCGAUACGUGGACCUGGCACAUGGAAAGCGGCGGCUCUCAGAAUAUGUUGGAGUCGACGGCAGGUUUUCAUUCGCUUUUGGAUCAUUAUGGCCUUCCUUACAAUAACAUCAACAUCAAUGAAUAUGCCACUGCGUCUGAGCAAGUCUCUAGUGGUGGAGCAUGGUGGAUUUCCCAGCUUGAACGCGUCGAUGCACCUGGCCUCCGCGGAAAUUGGCAGGGUUACCCCGGUCUAUACGAUUAUCUGGCCAACCUUGUCUCAAAGCCGAACGCGCCAAAUGCUGCUGCGGAUGCUACAGGCUACUUCCCCAAUGGCGAGUACCAGGUCUACAAGUACUAUGCACAGUCGAUGACAGGACACCGCGUCGGAACCAUGCCGUCCCCAGACAUGAUCGUGGAUGUGUACGCCACGGUUGACACCAAGGCUCGUGUGGUGAGGCUUCUGGCUGGCAGCCGUCAGAAGAAAGGCACGUGGACUAUUGAGGUGAAGACACUUAGUGCCCUUGGUCUGCCAUCCCACGGUACCGUCAAUAUCACAUGCCUUGCCUUCCCGAGCGCUGGGUGGUGGGGUAAAGUCGAAGCUCCCUCGUCCUGUGGCAAGUACCCCUUUACUUCUUACUCCAACGAUAAACUGGACAUCAUUCUCUACCAGACGGAUACUGGAACCGCAUAUGCGUGGGAAUUCUCGUAUUGA